AUGGAUAAAAGAAUACCCGGAACGAGCCUGGAACAGACAAAGCGAGACAAGGUAUAUACAACGCAAAGCCUCUACAUGGACACAGACACCAUAACAAAACUCUUCAUAGUGCACACUUAUAAUUUAGAAAACUCAAAUGGCGAAGAGUAUUUAAUACGGCUAAGGAAGUGGAUGGACGGGGUAGAUGAAAGUGGAGUGAAUAGAUUGGUUUUUGUCUCCGGACCCGAACCUCAUAUUCCAAUAUACAGAACUCGUCUGCAUAUCAGCAAUGAUGUAUCAGAGAGAAAACUCUCCAGCAUUGCACAUAGCGGUGCUAGAGUUGUCUACACAACUUACAAUGGGCAUGAAAACGUCGGAGUAACCAGAGUUUCAAGGGGCACAUUCAACGACGCCCAACUUAGAAGCUCCAACAACCGUGGUGAGUUAGUGAAAGAAGUGAGCGCGUUCGGCUUACAGCUUACAGCGAGUAGGCACGACCAUAGCUGCGAGCACUCCUGA